AUGACUUCCAACCCAAGAAUCACCUUUGCAAAACUUCCCGAAGGUUCAAAUGGCCUGCAAGGCCUCCCAAUGCCGGGGGAGCACCUCAUCUUGGACCAAACCCGAACUAUCGAUCUCGACAAUGUCCCACUAAAUGGAGGUUUCCUGACGAAGACAAUAUUCCUCAGCCCUGAGCCUGCACUCCGAGAGCGUAUGAGAGAUUCAUCGAUACAAAGCUACACUACAUCAUUUAUAGUUGGAGCUCCGGUUAUUGGGUUCGGCCUAGUUGUCGUGCUCCGUUCGGAGAAGCAAGAUAUCAAAGCCGGCGACUACAUGUACGGACAGACACCAUGGGAGGCCUACACCGUUCAACCUUACAUUGAAGGAAGAAUCGAUUUCAAGCCAGAAGACUGGCCCCCAGCGACAUUUGACAUGGAUUCACUCGCCCUACAAGUUGUUCCAAAUCCCGGUGGUGCUUUCCCCGUAACGCACUAUGCAAGUGCGUUGGGAACGCCCGGGUUGUCGGCAUUCGUAGGAUUCGAGGGCUUAGCACAGGCAAAAGAGGGGCAAGCAAUCUUCGUCUCCGCUGGGGGUUCGGGGGUCGGAAGCAUGGUAGUACAGCUAGCCAAGCAGAAAGGAAUGAAGGUCAUCGCAUCCGCAGGAUCGAGUGCGAAAUGUGACUACGUACGGUCUUUGGGAGCAGACGUUGUAUUCAACUAUAAAGAGGAUGGUUACGACGUAUUGAAGCAACAUAAGCCAAUACAUCUUUACUGGGACAAUGUCGGUGGGGAAGCCCUUGAGGCAGCCAUUGAACAUCUUGAGCCUUUCAGCCGCGUUGUGUGCUGUGGUUCACUAUCCGACUACAACAAAGCACCUUCAGAACGAUAUGGAAUUAAGAAUACCACCCUUAUCUUCAAGAAACGACUAACUUUGACAGGCUUCCUCGUUCCCGACCUCAUACCACAGUACGGUGGGCGAUUCUUCACUGAGAUACCAGCCCUCCUUGCACAGGGGAAGAUCAAGAGCCGGGAGGUAGUCUUCGAGGGAAUCGAUAGUGCUCCUCGGGCACUUCUCGCUGUGUUAAACGGUGGGGAAGACGCUGGCAAAGUCGUGGUAAUGGUAGCUAAGGAAUAA